AUGCCGGAGAUAUUUAAAUAUAAUGGUAAAACAAUUAAAUACUUAUCUUCUGAUGAGGUUAAUUCAAUUAUUGAACAAUCAAAUUAUAAGAAUUCAAAUGAUUUAAAGGAUAUAGACAAAAGUGAUUUAGUCCCAAAUAUUUAUGAAGGUGGUUUUAAGAUAUGGGAAUGUACUUUGGAUAUGUGUAAUUAUAUAACUAAUAAUUGUAAUUUUAAAGGAAAAACAAUUCUUGAUUUAGGAUGUGGAGCGGGACUUUCUGGAAUUUGUGCUCUUCAUCUUGAAGCAUCUUAUGUAUACUUUCAAGAUUUUAAUGAUGUUGUAUUAAAAUGUUAUACUGAAAAAAAUGUUGAGAUAAAUGGAUAUAAUAAAAAUCAAGCAAAAUAUAUUUCAGGAGAUUGGGGAGAUUUUAGUUCUAGUCUUAAAGAAAAUGGACCAAAAUUUGACGUUAUUUUGACAACGGAAACUAUUUAUUCUGAACAAAACUAUGAAAAGAUAUAUCAAGUAUUUUUAAAUGGUCUCAAAGAAGAUUCUGAUGCUUACAUAUUACUAGGUGGGAAACUUUAUUAUUUUGGUGUUGGUGGUUCAAUUUUAGGAUUUAUGGAUUUUGUUAAAGCAAAAGAUCAUUUCAACAUAGAAGUCGUACAUAUCGAAAAUUCAUCAGUACCAAGAUGGAUAUUAAAAAUUACCAAAAAAAAAUAG